AUGGCCUCCGCGGCUGCUAAGGUUGCGACACUCGCUAUCCGAACUCUAGCGAAGCCUAUAAGUAGCCAAGUUAAGACGCAAGCGAAACAGCAUAAGACGUUCCGCAAGAUUUGUGUAAGUCUUGCGCAGAACAUGUACAAGGCGGAGAUAAAUCUACGGACAAACCUCCUCGGUGAGCCCGCAAAGCACGUACGCCCUCUGUCUGAGACGAAAGCAAUAGAGAACGGGGCAAACGCUCUUGCGGAAGGGUUCCUGUUUGGUGUGGCCUCGCUGUUGAUACUGGGCGAGUCGUGGCGCUCUUCGCGAACUUCUUCGAAACGCAGGGACAUCGUUGAUGAGCAAUUAGAAGAGCUGAGGUCCUCAGUGUCUCAGCUCACGGACAAGAUGGAUACAGUAGCCAAGGACUACGAGGAACGAUUUUCGGAAGAGAAGCAACGAAAUGAUGAAUUGACGCGAAUACUACAGCGCGUCGUGGAGAUUGGCCUAAGAGGCGGCUGGGCAGAGUUUGAGGGCACGCCGCUUGUGCUUCCACGUAUCGAGCUGGUGCCUCAAACCUCCCGGAUUCAACGAUCUCCCGGCCCGUCAAGCAAUACGGUUGAUUCCGAUAUACCCUCAACCCCAUCAUCUGCGAGCUCAGAGGAGGCCGGAGCUACCCCUCUAUCAUCGGAGUCUACACCUCGCCCGAAAUAA